AACUGACGUAGUACUAGAGUAGUAAAGGCAGCAGCAAGAUGGAAGUUCCCUUUUUCCCAACCCUUUUCUCCUGUAUCAAAGACUUGGUGGUGCAACAAGCCUUGUUCUCAACCUUGGAGGAUUGGCUAGUGAAGCAUCCCAAAAUCCUCCAGUUUUCAUGGGAAAAUGGCCAAACACCAGCCUCCUCUCAUCGCUUCCUCACCCUCACUGUCUUGUCUUACAUCUCUUUCACCUUCGUUCUCUCCCAACUAUCUCGCCCUUCACUUUCACGUCCACUCCUCAAAUCAAUCGCAGCCGUCCACAACAUCUUCCUCCUUACCCUUUCUUUCAUCAUGGCCCUGGGUUGCCUCGUUUCCAUCUUCUCCCAGGUGCCUAACUUCAACACCCUCGUUUGCUUCCCUAGGGGUACAUCCCCAUCGGGCCCUCUCUUUUUCUGGGCAUACAUCUUCUACCUCUCCAAGAUUGUUGAAUUCAUGGACACCCUUUUGAUCAUCCUCAGCGGAUCCAUGAAGAGGCUAUCCUUCCUUCACGUCUACCAUCACUCCAUGGUGGUCAUCAUGUGUUAUAUUUGCUUAGACAGUGCUCAGUCCUCCGUACCCAUGGUGCUGAUCACCAACUGCGUGGUGCAUGUCGUAAUGUACACCUAUUACCUGUUGUGCACCCUGGGGAUGCACCCCAAGUGGAAGAAAAUGGUGACGGAUUUUCAACUAGUGCAGUUCCGGUUAAGCUUUUUGAUCAUGGCCAUGCUUGUGUUCUACCACUUCACUGCUUCUGGCUGCUCUGGGAUUCUGAGUUGGUGUUUCAAUGGAGCCUUCAACGUCUCUCUUCUCUACUUGUUCUCAGACUUUCAUGCCAAGAGUUACUCCACCAAUGCCAAGGUCUUCAAGGAGUGAUUCAGUUCAAGCUCAUGAAUCUGGUAUAGAAUCUUAAUCGUGAAAGCUGGUAUUGUCAAACCAAGGAGGAUGGAGUUCAUGUUCCAUUUAUUUUAUUGAUUGAAUGAAUAAGUACGUAGGAUAAAACAUUUGUGUACCUCUUUCCAAGGCUUUUGUGAGUUGAGCCUUAUUGUUUGAUAGUUGAAAUUCGAGGGACGGUUUUAUUUGGUGAAUGUUUCGGAGUUUCCGAAAUUCUAUGGUCGAGUUUUAUUAUCACUUUAGCUGGUAUUUCAAGUUAACUUCGUGAUCAACUUUUAAGGAUGA